AUGGGUUUAGUUCAACUCAUUGGUCCACAGAUGUUUCUUGAUCGGCAUCGGUCCUCGCGUUAUCGUCGCGGCAGGAGUCGCUCGCCGUCCCCGCCCCUGGUUUUGGCAUCAGACAAUGAGAAGCUCCGUAAUCAGGACAUUGAUUUUAUUGAGACCUCGGGUUUCGUACAGACGUCAUUCCGUUCCUCCAGAAAGGGUAGCCAACUGCUCAAGCCGUCAGCUGAGACAGCCAGUGGAGAGGGGCUGAACGCGAUUCGCGCAUCGAGCAGCCAAUACGACGAGAUGACUCGCGAGCGCGCCCACGAGGCCGCCAUCUUCGGCACUGGACGCGCGCUGCCCCUCUCUCUGGGCACCCGGCCGAGCGACGAGACCGCGCAGAAGGUUGUGCCGACUACCCAGGUUGUCGACCAAGUCAUCCACCCACGGUUGAAGAAAGACAAGGAGGUCGCUUACAAGGAGUGGGCCGCGCGUUUGAACGACCUCGCAAACGCGCGUAGACAGUUACGGGAUCCUGUCUUGACAUAA